CGCAGCCAGAGAGGCUCUGGUCGGGUUCGGGUCCGGAUCAUCAUGGCUCUGAGCGGGAAGGUGGCUCUGGUGACCGGAGGAGCUCAAGGCAUCGGCAGAGCCGCGGUCCAGUCCCUGCUGCAGAGCUCAGCUAAGGUGGCCGUUUUGGACCUGAACAAGACCUGCGGAGAGCAGUGCAAGAACGAGCUGGACUCAGAGUUUGGAGAGGGAAACUGCACCUUCAUCCAGUGUGACGUGUCCAACGGAGACGCUCUGAGAGAUGCCUUCCAGAAGACCAUAGACCAGUUUGGACGUCUGGACAUCGUCAUCAACAAUGCCGGCAUCAACAAUGAGAAGAACUGGGAGAAGACCAUUCAGGUGAACCUGACGUCGGUGAUUAAAGGAACCUACCUGGCUCUGGAGCACAUGAGCAAAGAGUACGACAAGGAAGGAGGAACCAUCGUCAACGUGUCCUCCAUGGCAGCCUUCCUUCACUCCCCCCAUCAGCCCGUCUACACGGCGACAAAACACGGAGUCAUCGGCUUCACCAGAGCCAUGGCGGACGCCUCGGCUCACGGAGACUACGGAGUCCGGAUCAACGUCCUGUGUCCGGCCUUCGUGGACACGCCGCUGCUGCAGACGGUGGAACGCGAGGACAACAUGGGGAAGUUUGUCAAGUUCAAGGAUGACUUCAGACGCAGCAUGGACAAGUUUGGAGUUUUACCGCCGGAGCUGAUAGCCGAAGGGAUGAUGCGACUGAUCACUGACAGCAGUCUGAACGGAGCCGUGAUGAAGAUCACCUGUUCCAAGGGGAUCCACUUCCACACCUACGAGCCCAUGUCGGCCUGAACUUUGACCCACAGGAGCCGCUGCAGGAAGGAGGUGGCUACUUCACCCGGGUCAGAACCAGGCUCGGCAGCUGCAGGACAGUUUUUGUCAGAACUGAAACGUUUGUCUGAAGUUCUCAUUUGACGGUUUUUAUUUAACUAACCUGAUUUGAAGUUAAACGUUCUUAAUAUG